AUGCAAUUACUUAUUCUCUAUCUUAAAGAUCAAAAAAGUGUAUUAUGGAAAAAAUUUUCAGUUAUAUAUCUUGAUAAAAUGAAACAAACUUCCUUUAUAGCUUAUUUGCAAAAUAAAAAAUUUAAAUAUCAUAAUGAUUUAGAAGGACUUUGUUUUAUUUGUAAUGAUUAUGCUUAUCAACCAUUUGAAGAUUUGAUUAAAUUAGUAUCAAAUAAUAUUAUAAAUAAGAAAAUAAAGAAAUAUGAUAAGCCUUAUUUAAUUAAUUCAGAUCGGCCUAUGAUGAAUACUAAAUACAGGAUUUCAAAAUACUUGACAAGUGUAUUUUGUGGAUUACCUAUUGACAUAGAAACUAAAAACAAGUAUUUUUUAAGAAUACGUCAAUUAUUAUUGGAUAAACUUGUAGUCAUUGAAAAUAGAUUGAAGAAACAAGAAAAGAACAGGCAAACUACAACUUAUAUUAAAUUUAGUCAUGGUAAACGAACAUGGUAUUUGGGGUUCUAUAUCCCAUGCUCAUUUUGUAGUAACGUCUGUGCUUACGUGAUGUCAAGAAAUAGAAAAGUUUGUCAAAAUUGUCGUUCGAAGGUGAUCGUGACUUCUACACCUUCGCCGCAAAAUGUGUUUAAGGAUUUUAGUAAAGUUAAACAAGUAAUAAGUAAACGCGUAGGCGUGUCUUAUACAAAAAAAGUUUCAAUGGAUGGUAGAACACGUAAAUAUGCAGUUACAUAUUCAAAUUUACGGAUAAACAAGCAAUUUAAAAUGCCAAAAGAACAAGAGAAGUAUAAAAAGAGGUUUAAAAACAACCUCAAGAGUAAUAAGAAUAAAUGGCAGGUUACAAAUAAUGGAAUUGAAUCAAAGGUACUUAUUUCCAAACAUAAGUUAAAACGUAGAGGUGAUAUCCUUAGGAAACAGUACAUAUCAGAAAAAGAAAUGGAGUUUCUGUUAGCAGAACAGUUGAGUAGUGCUGGUCAAAGUGUUACAAUAGAUAAUAUUGUUACGGACCUUCAGGAAAUGGAAAUUAGUGGACAGGAUAAUGUCGCUCCUUGGCAAGAAAUACUCAAUAGACGAGAACCUAUUACAAGGUCAGAAUUUCAUCAGGGUUUGAAUAGUAUUAGAGAUAAAAGUCUUUUAACAACAUAUUGUAAUAGGGUUAGAAGAGGAAGGCGUGGACGUGGGGUUACUCAUGACUAUAUGGUUAAUCAGUAUGCAAUUAAAGCUCGUAAAUUAGAGCAAGUAAAGGAAGAAAAGCGGUGCGGUAUUAGCGGUAAAGAUAAAAAAGCUAAGUCACAUAGUAAACGCACUGAAGUGGGUGUUAAAGAUGUUGACUGUAAGAUAUUAGAAAGUAAUUGAAAUAAAUGGAAUGAUUUGGCAUUCCAUCGAGACGGUCAUUGGGCAAAUUUUUAGGUAGAUCAUGACAGUCACCUUUGAAUUUGAGGUCGCAUUAUGGUUUUUAACUAUGAUGUGAUUGUUUAGGUGACAGGUCAACUUGUUCUUUAUGAAAAGUAGUCUUGUUUCAUAAUGCUUAAUUCUUAUAUGUAUUUGUUUAUCUUAUAUUUUGUAAGUUUAUAUAUGUAAGUAAGCAUGAUUAUAAUAGGACAUGAUCGCAUCU